GAUGCAUUCACGCAUCAUUGGCUGGUCUAUUAUCUUAGCAUAAUUAUUAUUGUGUCUAUUUUGGAUAUUCAUUCGUUUUGUUUAGGGUUAUUUUGGAUUAUUAUUAUUCUGUUUAGGAAGUAAAUCGUUUAGGAGUUGGACUCGGUUUAGGUUACCAUGUUUGAGGGGGAGAGGGUUUAUGGGAUGCGUCCUAUAAAUAUGUACUUAAUCCUUACGUUUUAUUUAUCGAAGAAGAAUAAACCCCAG